UUUAACUGUAAAUAAAUGGAUAAUUUAACAAAACAAAAAGAAGAAAUAGAAAGUUUAAAAGCUAUUUAUGGUUCAGAAUUUCAAAUAGAAGAUGAUGAAAAUAGAAAAUAUAGUAUUACAAUCGUUAGUGAUUGUGAUAGUAACAUAUAUGUAAAACUUUAUGUUAAAUUUUCCGAUUCUUAUCCUUCAAUAUCACCUCCAACAUUUGAAAUUUCUGCUCCACAUUUAAAACAUGAGAACAAAUUGCAUCUGUUCAAUCUUCUGAAUGAUAUUUAUUUAUCACAUAUCGGACAAAAUGUAAUAUUUCAAUGGAUAGAAAAAAUCAGAGAAGAAUUGCAAUCUUUAUAUUCAAAAUCAAUUGAGAAAUUAACAAAUAAUGAUUAUAUGAAUGUAAAAUCAAACAAACUUUUAACUACCAGCGAAACUGAGAUUACAUGUCCAAUAAUUAGUCACGGAGAAGUAAUUUCUGAUAGAAAAAGUUCGUUUCAAGGACAUGCUGCCAUUGUUCGUUCCAGUUGUCAAGUUCGAAAUGUAAUAAUGAAACUAAAAGAAAAUCGAAAGAUUCAACAAGCAGCUCAUAAUAUGUAUGCAUACAGAAUUUAUGAUGAAAAUACAAAAAAUUAUUUACAAGAUUGUAACGACGAUGGAGAAUCUCAAGGUGGAAGUAGAUUAUUAAAUUUGUUGCAGAUUAUGAAUAUAAAAAAUGUCAUAGUCAUAGUUUCUCGAUGGUAUGGUGGAAUUCAUCUUGGAUCAGAACGUUUUAGACAUAUAAAUAAUGCUGCUCAACAAGUUUUGGUAUCAAAUAACUUUAUAUCGACAAAACGAAAUUAAUCCAAUUGUUACGUUUGAAUAAAAGUAUAUAUAAAUUAAUACAGAUAUUUCAUGUAUGCGUAAUGU